CGCGAACUCUCGGUGACCUUGGCCAAGUCCCUUCAUCCCCUCGAGCCGGCGCCUUCGUCUGUAAAGUGCGAAUUACGAGCCAUGCCAACUAGAGGGGCCGUUUUGAGGUUCCGUGGCGAGACCCCCGAGGGGUCCCUGGAGUACCGGGCGGUUUGCCCGGGCGAUCCCGCCCCAGGGUGACUAGCAUGCAGUUACCCAUUCUCUGACCUGCUGCCCCUCUGCUGACAUGGCACACCGGGGUGGGGAGAGGGACUUCCAGACUUCAGCGCGGCGCAUGGGCACCUCGUUGCUGUUCCAGCUGUCAGUGCACGAACGGGAGCUGGACCUGGUUUUUCUGGAUCAUAGCUAUGCCAAGCCAUGGAGUGCCCACCCAGAUGCCAGUAGUGCCCGCCCCACCCGUAUGCUCUUUGUCACUCCCCGGAGGCAGCACGAAAGUACCAUUGAAUCAGACGUCCCAAUAGACGUGGAGACAGUCACGGCAACCCCUGUGCCGCUGUACGACAAUCAGAAGGCACGCAGCGUGAUGAACGAGUGUGAACGGCAUGUCAUCUUCGCCAGGACUGAUGCGGAUGCCCCUCCCCCACCAGAGGACUGGGAGGAGCAUGUCAACAGGACUGGCUGGGCCGUGGCCCAGAACAAGCUGUUCAACAAGAUCCUCAAAGCCUUGCAGUCUGACCGGCUUGCUCGCUUGGCCAACGAGGGGGCUUGCAAUGAGCCAGUGCUGCGCCGUGUUGCUGUGGACAAGUGUGCGAGGAGAGUGCGGCAGGCUCUGGCAAGUGUGAGCUGGGACACCAAACUGAUCCAGUGGCUGCAUGCCACCCUGGUGGAGACUUUGAGUCUACCCAUGCUGGCAGCCUACCUGGAUGCUUUGCAGACGCUGAAGGGGAAGAUCCCUAGCUUGAUUGACCGGAUGCUCGUGUCAUCCAACACGAAGACUGGGGCUGCAGGAGCUGAGGCCCUGUCCCUCCUGCUGAAGAGGCCCUGGGACCCCGCUGUGGGGGUGCUUUCUCACAACAAACCAAGCAAACUCCCUGGCUCUCCUCUCAUUCUCAUUGCCUCCUCCGGGCCCUCCAGUUCCGUGUUUCCCACCUCACGCCGCCACCGCUUCUGGCAGUCUCAGCUGUCCUGCUUGGGCAAGGUCAUCCCUGUAGCCACCCAUCUGCUGAACAAUGGUUGUGGGGUAGGAGUUCUGCAGUGUCUUGAGCAUAUGAUCGGGGCAGUGAGAAGCAAAGUGCUCGAGAUUCACAGCCAUUUCCCCCACAAGCCCGUUAUCUUGAUUGGCUGGAACACAGGAGCUUUGGUGGCCUGUCACGUGUCAGUGAUGGAGUACGUCACUGCGGUUGUCUGCCUUGGGUUUCCCCUGCUUACCGUGGAUGGCCCCAGAGGGGAUGUGGAUGAUCCCCUCUUGGAUAUGAAGACUCCAGUCCUCUUUGUCAUUGGUCAGAAUUCCCUGCAGUGUCACCCUGAAGCCAUGGAGGACUUCCGGGAGAAGAUUCGGGCUGAGAACAGCUUGGUAGUGGUUGGGGGAGCUGACGAUAACCUAAGAAUAAGCAAAGCAAAGAAGAAAUCAGAAGGGUUGACUCAGAGCAUGGUGGACAGAUGUAUUCAGGAUGAGAUUGUGGACUUUCUGACUGGAGUGCUUACUCGCGCUGAGGGGCAUGUGGGCUCUGAGCCUCGGGAUCAGGAUGCUGAGAAGAAGAAGAAGCCCCGGGAUGUGGCCCGCAGAGACCUGGCCUUUGAGGUCCCUGAGCGGGGCAGUCGACCUGCCUCGCCAGCUGCCAAGCUGCCUGCCUCACCCUCAGGCUCGGAGGAUCUCUCCAGUGUGUCCAGCAGCCCCACCUCCAGUCCUAAGACCAAAGUGACCACAGUGACCUCUGCCCAGAAGCCCAGUCAGAUCGGGAGCUCUCAGCUGCUGAAGAGACAUGUGCAGCGGACAGAAGCUGUGCUGACCCACAAACAAGCCCAAGCACAGUUUGCUGCUUUUCUGAAACAAAAUAUGCUGGUGAGGAAAGCUCUUCCUCCCGGCACCUCCUCCUGUCUCUUUGUUCCCAUUUCAUCAGAACAAACGGAGGAAGCAGAGAAAGAGGAUCUUAGGGCCCAGCUGAAGCGGCACCAUCCCUCCAGUCCUCUUCCUGGCAGUAAGACCUCUAAGCGACCGAAGAUCAAGGUGUCCCUUGUCUCCCAAGGGGACACAGCUGGAGGGCCUUGUACUCCUUCCCAAGGAGGAGCUCCAGAAGCCGCGGGAGGGAAGCCAGUCACCAUGACACUGGGGCAAGCUUCAGCAGGGGCCAAGGAGCUCCCAGGGCUGCUCUCCACAACUAAGUCAAAUGCUUCUGAAGGAGCACUGUCAGCCAGCCCAGCCUCCUCAGUGGGCUCCAGCAGCACCACGCCCAGUGCCCUGCACACACUCCAGAGCCGCCUGGUGGCCACCUCUCCUGGCAGCUCCCUCCCAGGGGCCACGCCAGCCAGCAGCCUCCUCCAAGGUCUCAGCUUCAGCUUGCAGGAUAUCAGCAGCAAGACCUCUGGCCUCCCAGCAAAUUCCUCCCCAGGGCCAGCCCCACAGGCCACCAGUGUGAAGUUGCCCACCCCCAUGCAGAGCCUGAGUGCCAUCACCACGGGCACCAGCACCAUUGUCCGUACCAUUCCUGUGGCCACCACUCUCUCCUCCUUGGGUGCCACUCCUGGUGGGAAGCCCACAGCCAUCCACCAGCUGCUGACCAAUGGGGGCCUCGCUAAGUUGGCAAGCAGCCUCCCUGGCCUGGCUCAGAUCUCUAACCAAGCAUCAGGCUUGAAGGUCCCCACCACCAUUACUUUGACACUACGUGGCCAGCCAAGCCGAAUCACCACGCUGAGCCCCGUGGGCUCAGGAGCAGCCCUGUCAGAGGAGCCCAACUCCCAGGCACUGCCCUCCAGCUCACAGCGCCUGCCUCCAGCGCCCUGAAAAUGCUGCGAUACGUCCUUUACCAGGUUCGUGACGGCUGCUGCACAGUGAGCCCUGGGCACGUGCUGUCCUGCUGAGCUGUCCACUUGUCUGAAGACCUCUUUAAGACAGUCGUUUUUGCCUCCGCACCAGCUGUCUUCAGGGUUGGGCCUCUGGGUCUUGUGAAACCAUUAGGCUAGGUGGUGUGGUGCCAGCAAGGGGAGCAUUGUCUUCCAGCAUCUGCAGAAUCCCCGGCUCCUCAGCAGACUGGCUGUGCAUGGAUCAGAGGCACUUCUUCCCCAGCACUAGCCAAGGAGCGUUGUUGGACCACUCGCUGCAUUUAAUAAAGGAGUUCCUCCUGGACGUCUGUGCUGCCCCUGUGCCAAGUUGGGAGGAGACGUCCGUGUGGUGUGGGGCUGUGGGAGUGAGAAUUGAGAGCCCUUUGCUGAGGACUGGGAUCAUCUUGGCCCACCAGCCGGUCAUUCAGUGCCAGAGGGCGUUUUGGACAUCGCUGUUGGCCUCACUGAGCAGCCGUGGGAGAGUGCUCCCCAUGCAGCUCCCUCUUAGGAACGAUGUUAGAUACAACUAGCCUGCUGAGACCUGGGAACUCCUGAUUUCAAACCCACGAUAGGGCAAAGAGAACUGGGCUGUCAUCUUUCAGUCCUUUUGGCCACUGUAGAUGUGGGGAGCAGCAGUUGCCAGGAGGUAAAAGCUGGCCCUUUUCUUUUUUUCAUCAUGUUUUGGGCAGUUCCUGUAUCCAGAAAGCCUGCAGGUCCAGAAAGGCUAAAGAAGAGAAAUGGUACAGCAAGUGAAGUGGCUUGAGGGGCAUGCCAGUAAGUCCUGUGGUGAAAAUGAUUUGGGCUUGAGGCUUUGCAUCUAGUACCUAAGGAACUCUUGAUGCAACUGGAGAUGAGAAGAAGAAUUUGCCAAGUCAGAAGGAAGAAACCCAGCCCCUAAAAUUUCUGUCUCCAGGGUCUGGAAGAGAAACAGGGAUACCCAGCUAAGUUAACAUCUUGGCCAUCCAGAAAGCUUAGGCAUCAAGACGACAAAGGCCACGUUUCUCUGUUUGUGUUUCUAUUCCAUGCAACUUUUUGUCCUUUUGCAUAGAAGUGGGAAGAUUAUUGGCAUUGACACUACUAUGCAGGGCUCUUGGUACCAGCCUGAACCCUGGAGGUGGAGGUCCCUGGAGAAGUGAUCACUGAAGAUGGAGCUCUGAGCCCCUCCUUACCUCCUCACAAUACUUGUGUGCAAAGGUAGUUUUAGAUUUGGCUUAGAACCUGUCUUCCAGAGCAGGCGCCCUGCCCUUCCAUACUCUAGAAUGUUUCCAGUCAAGGUGAUAAGUAAGGCAACCCAAAUGUGACUCUGUUCAGUAUCUGUAGGCAGGGAGGGCCCAAAGAUUCGAGCCACAUGCCAUGGCUCGAAUUGUGUUGCAGGGUCCUGACCCAUGGUGCAGCAUAUAUCCAAAUCAAGCCACCUGUGUUAGAUCCAGGAACCUCACCUGCCAGUGUGUAUAGCAGCCACGAAGUGUACAGUGUGCAGGAGUCUCAGGCAGAUUAGAGUGCUGCAAGCAGGGCCAGGGGGAUGUAUGUGAUAAGAUUGGAGAGGGCAUCUUAAACACCAUACUCUCUCUCCCUGACCUCCUGCAGAGGUGGUCUCAGCAGUGAUUCACAUAGAAUUAGGCUGCAUUCUCGCGUUAGCUGGUAGGUAACUGCUUUCUGAAAUUCAGGAGGCAUUUAGUAAGUUUGAGGAAGAUAUGAAAUCUGAAAGAGGCAUCCGUGGGUCAGGAGUUUGAUAACUUUACAGGUAGGAUAAUAACACAGCAACAGGAACCGAGGACAGUGAGACUGUGUGAA